GAAGAAGAGGUUUGUCGUCGGCUGAAAGACGUAUUCUUGUUGUCAUUGUUGUUGAGGUCGAAGGGGAAGUACAGGAAGCAAUGGGCAUUAAUUUUGGAAAUAUGGAGAAGGCCAAUGACCUGCUAGUCAAGGCAGGACUUCAGCCAGUAUCAAAAAGCAGCCUGUUGUUCUACUAUAUGCCCAUGAAGGGAGUGAUUUCGUACACAAUGCUGGCCAGUCAGAUGCUCACCCCGGAGUUGUAUCAAGACGUCACCAUUUUUAGAUUUUUCGGAAUACCCCAGUACAUAUCGCUAACAAAUGCCUGCUUGGUUAAUUCACUGACUGGAACAGCUUUGUACUUGUAUUCUCGUCCUCAUCUUGCAAAAGCAGCCCCAAAGGAAAGGAUUCUGUUCUGUGCCUUUGGAAGUACCAUCUUUAACCUUGGAUCCAUGUUGGCCUGGGCCUUAGGCAGCACCGUAGCCCCUGGGUCUCCAGCCCUCCGUUUUCUGAUGGGGGUUGGGGGAGCAGUAGGGAUACUGUAUGUUGGGAAACGAUACAUAGCUCAUGUAGACUCUCAAGUUAAAAUCAAAGAGUAAUUAAUGGCCUUGUAAAUUUGAAGUGAUCUUUGUACAUAUGGUCGAAUGUUUUUUAAUAUUUUAGUAACGAUUUAGUGGACUCUCACUAAGCAUUGCACAAUGAAAAGUAUGAUUUGUAAUCAAAUACACUGUAUUAGAUAAGCAUUUGAGAUCGUAUAGUGGAUGUAGGUAGCUUUUUCAAAGCAUGUCACAUACUUAAUGAAAUUCAAAGUGGAUUACUCCAUGAAUUGAUAGCCUGUAAUGUGCUUCCAACUAGUCUACAGCACACAUUUUAUACUUGAAAACUAGAAUUGCACUUUGUGCUCAUAUAAAUACUAUUUGGAUAGAUUUGUAAGGUGCUACUUAAUAUAAAACAGGGAAGCUGAAGUGUAAAUAUGAAAUCUCUUGUUUUGUAUAAUUGUAGACUUUGAAUAGAUUUCUUUGAAGCAGACAGAUAAGAGAUUAUGGCUUGGUCUUAACAAUGUGAAAUCUCAUGUUUUGUAUACGUAAUUGGACUUUGACUAGAUUUCUGUGAAGCAGAGAGAUAAGCCCAUAUGACUUGGUCUUACAUGUGUUCAGCG